UUUUUUAUGGUGACUUUCUUCUUUUUCUUUAUUAAUUUGUCUGAUCUUUUCACUUUCUUUUUCUUGCUUAUUGUUUUUCGAUUUAGCCCUUUCUUCUCCAUCUCCAUCUUUUUGUGUUUACUUUUUUAUUUAUUUCUAUUUGGUUCCUCCAAUUUCCUCUCUUUCCCUUCCAAAUGUGGCUUCCUUCUUUUCUUCAGUUGUUCUUGCUUUAUUUCUUCUACUUCGCCAUUUUUCUAUUUAAUGGAAGGGGAUCCUUCCAAAUCUGUUAUUAUUGCUUCGGUUACCCUAGAUUUCACUAAGAUGGAGGUUCUUGUGUCUGCAUUUGUUGCCACUGCAUCAACCAACCUAUUAGCCUUGGAUUCUGAGAGUGAUGAUGAGGAUUUGGAGCUGUUUAAAGCAUAAAGAGUUGUUUUGCGAUAUCGGAUGAUGUAUGUGAUCCUUUUUUAUUGCUAAUUACUUUUGAUAAUAAGGACGACAACGCCGAAGAUGAUUUCAAGACUCUUCGUGCUUCCCAACAUCUCACUCUUGUUGCUAAAUCUUUGCCUCCCCCCACAAGAAUCCUUGCUUCCUUUUAUGUUUCUUUGUUGAUGCAAAGGUUUUUCAAGAUGUCCCUCCUUUUUAGCUUUACUGACCUUUUAUUAAACCUACAUAUAAAAAAAUUUAUUUUUGAAAAAACAUUUGGGUUGCACUACUUUAAUAUUUCUCUAUCUAUUAUGCAUGUUUUAUUAUUUUUUUUUUUUUGUUAUAUUUGGAUCUCUUUAUAUAUAUGUGUGUGUGUGUGUGUUUGUGUUGUUAUGUUACAGUGCAUUGGUUGUGUUUUGAGAACAUCUGCUUGUUGAACAAAUCCUCUAUUUCUAA